CUAACUUAACUACCUAGCACCACCAUGAAAGCCGCCAUCAAAACCCUCCUCACCACUAACCCAACAACCAAUCUCGGAACUUACGUACGAAAAUGCGUCUCCUUCUUCAAAACUCAUAACUCCAUCAACGACGGAGUAGUCCUGCAUGGCCAUUUCGUCAAGACUGGUCUCUCAUCCGAGAGACACAUAGCCGUUAGGCUACUCAUCAUGUACCUGGAUUCACGGAAACCAAAAGAAGCUACUCAGAUAGUGGAGGAGUUCAAAGGUUUCGAUCCUGUUGUUGUCCAUAACUGUUUGAUCAAUGAUCACAUCAAGACCGGAAAUGUCGACGAGGCACGUCGCUUGUUCGACGGAAUGCCCGAGAGAAAUGACGUCUCGUGGACCGCGUUAAUCUCGGGGCUCAUGAAGUGUGGCAAGGUGGAGGAGGCAAUGUGGUACUUUGAGAGGAACCCAUUUCGUAAUGUGAUCAGUUGGACGGCGGGGAUUAGUGGGUUGGUGCAGAAUGGAAGGAGCUUCGAAGCCUUGAAGCUUUUCCGGACGAUGUUUGAGUCUGGAGUGAGGCCGAAUGAUGUCACGUUUAGUUCGGUUGUGAGGGGUUGUGUAGACUUUGUUGAGUUUGGUUUAGGGAUGAGUGUUAUGGGGCUGAUCGUUAAGGUUGGAUUUGAGCGAAAUGUGUCAGUUUUGAACUCGUUGAUUACUUUGUUUGUGAGGAUGGGUGAAAUGGGUUUGGCUAGGAGGGUGUUUGAUCAGAUGGGGAAGAGAGAUGUUGUGUCGUGGACUGCGAUUCUCGACAUGUAUGUUGGGACCGGAGAAUUGAGAGAAGCGCGCCGCAUCUUUGAUGAGAUGCCGGAAAGAAAUGAGAUUUCUUGGAGUGUAAUGAUCGCCAGGUACAGUCAGAGCGGCUAUCCUAAAGAGGCAGUGGAGCUGUUUGGUCUGAUGAUUGAGAAUCGUUUGGUUCCAAAUGUGUCUUGCUUGGCUAGCAUUCUGAGUGCAUUGGCUAGCCUCAAGGGUUUGCUAUUGGGAAUGAGCAUCCAUGCACAUGUUCUGAAAUUUGGACUCGAGAAACAUGUGUUUAUCAGUAGCUCGCUUAUAGACUUGUACUGCAAGUGUGGGAAAACUGAGGAUGGGCGCUUAGCGUUUGACUUGCUUUCACAGAAGAAUGUGGUUUCGUGGAAUUCUAUGGUUGGGGGGUAUUGUCUGAAUGGACAAAUGGAAGAAGCUAAAUUGUUAUUUGAUAGGAUACCUGUUCCGAAUACUGUAUCUUGGAACACUAUGGUUGGAGGUUACUUAGAAAACAAGGAAUUCGAUAAUGUAUUUAAAGUGUUUAAUGAGAUGCUUAUGUGUGGAGAAACCCCUAAUCGAUCUACCUUCUCGAGUGUGCUGUGUGGCUGCGCGAGCAUAGCGUCGUUAGAUAAAGGAAAGAACCUCCAUGGAAUAGCAAUUAAACAUGGUAUGCAAUACGAUGUUUUUGUUGGUACUGCCCUCACUGACAUGUAUGCAAAAUCAGGGGAUAUUGAGAGCUCUAAGAAGGUGUUUGAUAGAAUGCCGGAGAAGAAUGAAGUUAGUUGGACUGUGAUGAUUCAGGCGCUAGCAGAAAAUGGUUUUGCUGAAGGAUCUUUGUUGCUGUUUGAGGAAAUGAGAAGAACUUCAAUUGUUGCUCCUAAUGAACUCAUGCUCUCAUCAGUUCUUUUUGCUUGUGCUCACACUGGCUUAAUCGACGAAGGAUUACAGUACUUCAAUUCAAUGGAAUGUGUUUACGGUAUAAAGCCAAGGGGAAGACACUACACCUCUGUGGUGGACAUGCUAUCUCGAUCAGGACACCUUUCUGAAGCUGAAGACAUCAUAGAGUCCAUGCCAUUUGAGCCUGAAAUCAAUGCCUGGGCAGCUCUAUUGAGUGGCUGUAACAGAUAUAGGAAUGAGAAGAUAGCAGAAAGGACAGCCCGGAAGCUCUUGGAGUUGGCAGAAAGAAAUUAUGCAGGAUACGUAAUGUUGUCAAACAUCUAUGCUUUGGCUGGGAGAUGGAUUGAUGUUCGAAAGAUUAGGAGAUUAAUGAGGGACAGGGGAUUGAAGAAGACAGUCGGUUGUAGUUGGGUUGAGGUGAAAGAUAAAGUCCACUAUUUUUAUGCAGAAGAUGCAUCUCACUGCCAGUUGGCUGAGACUUCUGAUCUUUUGGAACUCUUACGUUUUGAAAUGCAGGUUAAGGAUCAUGUUAUCAGCGAAGUAUAAUGUAUAUUUAACAAUUCAUUGAUUUUUCCAACUACUGAAGUGAACAUUCUCAUAUUAAUCUGAAC